UUCUCGGCAGUUCAACUGGAGAUGGAGAAUUCAUGGCUAUCAGAGCUGGACAUUCAAGCAAAUGCUCUCAGUACUCCAACAGUCUCAUCACAAAUCGAAUCGCUGAAAGCCAUUCUCUUAGAAGAUGGGUAUAAUUCAAGUGGACUUUCUGGGCAACAAGUGCAGCAAUGGGGGGAAGAUCAUGAGCAUGGACGCUUAACAACUACUCAACGCCUUCAUCAGAUUCAUGGUUUUGGAGGAGAAAAUAUCUCUGCUCAUAAUGAUCCAUCGUUUCAAGCUUCAGAUGCAUUGUUACAAUGUUCAAAUGCAGCCAAUGAUGGUGAUAAUGUAGUUAAUGUGAAGAGGCGCACGAAAUACAUCAUGGCCGAACGCAAUCGACGUCAGAAGCUCAACGAGAAAUUGAUUGCUUUGUCAUCUCUGGUUCCUGGCAUAAAGAAGUUAAACAAGGAGAGUGUGCUAAGUGAGACAAUAAAAUACGUGAAGCAUCUGCAAGAGAAAAUAGAUGCAUUUGAGCAGGGGCAGACUGGCGUUCCUCUUCAACUUCAAACAGAGUCUUGUUGUGAGCAGAAAGAUCCAGAGAUCAAAGUACAACUUAUCCAAAACAAAUUCUUGAUUGGCAUAGACUGCGCUGCGAGGAGAGGUUUGCUGGUAAAAUGUCUCACCCAGCUGGAAAAUCUUGAGCUUUCAGUUGAGAACGCUAGCAUAUUUUCCUUUGCAGAAGAAACACUUCAUCUCACUUUAACGGGACAGGUGGAGAUGAAGAGUGGGUGCAACCUAGCCAUUACUGACAUAGUGGAAACUCUAAAAGAAGUUUUCAGAGAGCCACACUGAAUAGGAAGAGCUUAUACUGUUUGUAUACUAUGGUCAAUAUGUCUAUAUUUUGUAAGAAGGUUGGUCACUACCUUCUGGUCAAUAUUUACAUACUUUAUAAUGAGGAUGGUCACUAUCAUUAAGUGUUAGACAUGUUGUAGUCAAUAUGUCAAUAUUUUGUUAUGAGGUUGGUCAUUAUCAUAAAGUGCGAGGUAGAUUGUGGUUAACAUAUCAAUGUUUUAUGACGGGGUUGAUCCUUGUUGUAAAGUGCGGGAUUGUUGACCACAACAUGUUGAUUAUUAUAAGGGCACUUGAAUAGUGAAUUCUAUAUUUCAUUUUUGCCAUUAGAUUCGAUUAAACUGUUGCACUUUCUCUUUGAUAAGAGAACUCAUGUAUGAAUUUAAAAACCUUGUACUAUUUG